AUGGAUGCGUCGCUGGUCUCCCCAGCGGCCAUUCAUGGCGCGUUGUACAACCAUCUGGUGCUGCCCGCGAAACUACCGCACCAACAAGAAUCCGACCAGCAAGCCGAUCUGGUCAGGAAGGCCCUCGCUGAGCGGAUGGCCGCCGCCGCCAAAGUCAUGUCCCAACUCCCGGACAACGAGACGCCAUCCCGGAAUGCCUGGAGAUUGAUCAGUCAAAUGCUUGUGGCGUCCAACGAUCUCUACCGAGGAGGCCGCAUUGACAAAGCCAGCUUACUUCGCGAGCUUGAACUGCUUGGCCCUUCGGGUUGCAUCGUCCUCCAUAUCGAGACCCAGAAUGCUGGUCUCAUCAUACGCAGAGCCCAGGACCCAAUCUUCAAUGACAGUGUCAUCUUCGAGGCCUUCGAAGCCUCCGCCAAGAACGAGAACGUCCUUGCAGCAAAAAGCGCCCUGCUCUGGGACUUUCCCGGCAUUGCUGUCGCCGUUCCGUACAUCACCUUCGCCAAACCUGACUUCCAGCUGAGCCUCGCCAACUUCAUCGAACAGGCGUCCCUCGAGACCAUCAAGGACUUCGCCGCCUUUGCUUUCAAAGCCGGCGCCACUGUCUUCGAGUAUCGCAACACCGGCGACCCUUCCAUCAUCACAUCCCUUCUUAUGGCUAUCCUGGAGGAAAAUGGUCGCAGAAUCGCCCCAAAGCUCCUCAGGAAGCGUGUUCAUGAUGAUGUUUGCUGGGACCGCGCCAAGAAGCCCUGGCGCAGACUGCCCUGUUACCUCGUUCUCCGCGUCGCCAUCCAACGCUAUCUUGCGUCCGAGUUGCGUUGCCAGCAAGGCCAGUUGGAGUACAAGUUCUUCAUCGCCGUCGUCCUCGCCACUUUUCUUGACGCGAGCCUCUCCCACCUCGCUGGUGUGGAACAGCUUCAAUUCCUCCAGAAAAAGCUUUGCCGUCGGCUGGUCAAACUCGAUGUGGACAAAGACCACUGCCAAGAUGGGGAUGUUCUUGCACGAUACAACUACCUGUUCAGCUCUCUCGGGCCCAAGUUCAACGGAGCCAUCGACAACUGCACGACACUCAUCCAGCGUGUGCUGAAACAGCAAAGACUCUCCCUGGUCAAGAACAUUCCAGAUCUCCCGAGAAAGGCUUUCAGCCAGGAUCUUCGUCUCAGCUUGAGACUCAGCCAUGGCUACAUCAAAAGCGUCCUCCAGAGAUCCAGGAUCCCCACGAAGAAGCGCUAUCGAUACCUCCCUGACGAAGGCCCAGCCGAGGCUGCCAAGGAUCACCUCAGCAAAUACGCGCAGGAUUACCACAAGUUGAUCAACAAGGAGAUGGAGCUUGUCUCAUUGGCCGCAGAGAGCUGUGAGGAGGUUUCACGUCAGAUCUUCAAUUAUGUACAUGCAGCUAUGCCCAUGUACGAAAAUAAUCCCGAACAGAAAAGCUUGAUGUUGUUGACGGUCAUGGAGCUUUGGCAAAAGAUGGAUUCUAUCGCGUGCGAUUCCUUUCCGCUGCUCAAAGAGUACCACCCAGUCUUCCACCCCCAGAUGCUUGACGUUCUGCUUCUGCCGCAGUUCUCGGAAUUGGCGCGACUCGGAACCCUCCAAGCCCUUCUGUCAUCCCGUGUGGCGAGAGCCAGUUCCAGUCACCGUAACAUCUUUGAGGAUCCAUCACCCGGCUGUUUUGCCGAGCGCUACUAUAAUGAAUCAUCCGACGCUCCGUUCCUGAAAGGGAUUCAUGAAGAGAUCAUCGACUUGGCCAACGACAUGCGCGACAGAAAGGAGAAGGAAUGGAAGAAAAAGAGCCGCGAAUACGAUGACUUGAUUAGUCGUAUCGACAGAAGUGCCUGCGUUUACCUUGCCGAUGAGCACGACUACCGUGGGCAAGAAGUGCACGACCCUCACUGUCCCCGCUGUUCAAUGAUGUGCACAGCACAGCACAUGCGCAUCACCACCUUCGAAGAGCCACUGCCCCUGGAAUUGACUACCGCAAAAUCAGUCAUCUUCGAGCUGGCCUGCCCCAAGGAGUUUGCUGUUUAUCGAGACACGACAUGGUGGAUUCUCCGACACUUGGCCACUCAUUUUGACGACGAAGGGAUCAAGCCGCGAUGUCUGCUGCGAGAUUACAUGCAGCUGAAGCCCUUUUUCCGCGACAGUCACCGGAAGGUCGGCCUGGCCUCCACGACGAAGCCCUUCCAAACAACUCAUUACACCUCUGUUCCCUUCCCCGUUGAAUGGGAUGGAGGCCGUCAUGGGGUUUGCAGACCCAACGCGUUGAAGCUCGGCUACUUCGAUGAACGCACCUCGACAUGGACCGGUCGCACCAGAUUCCGACCCUCUUUUGCUCACCACACUGCCCUAAUGUUGCCGAACAAGUCGCCUUGGAGCACGCUUCUGGAAUCAAGAGCGUAUGCGCUUGACGGACCGGGGCCUUCUUCGUACGAGAUUGUCGCGAGUCAAUCAACAUGUCCUCCCGGUAUCAACACUCACGAAUACCUCGCCAUGCAGUCACUAAUGACGGGAAAGAGUCAACGCUGGAUCGUACUUCUCACGGAACUUGGCUCCACAAACUUGAAUUUCUCGAGCGAAGUCACGAUGCUUCUUGUCUCACAUUUGGUGCUUCAGAGCGGACCCGAGGACGAAAAGGGAGAUGUGCUUCGCCAGGUUCACAAAGUUUUCCGUGAUAGACACUUCUGCGACCGUCUUCUCGAGCAACUGUGCGCGAAGCUGGAUAGCCUUCAGGCCAACUGGCGAGAAACGUACCUGAUGGACGUGGUCAUCACCCUUCUUUUGCGAACACACGCGCUUACGGCUACGAACCCAAACAUCUCUCUGGGAGCUUUCGACGCAAUCAUUCGGGCUCGUGGAAUCUGCCUCCGCUGGGUGGAGAUGCUUCGAACAGAGACCUUCAAGGCCAGCGAUAACGAGGCCGCCCGGAGAUGCCAGCAGUACGCUCUCUGGGCCGCGAUCCUGUGCAAGCGCACAUAUGUUAUCCACGGCAGCCAAUUUGCUCUCCUGGACGACACUGCACUUCAGACGUACGUUGAGUGUUGCAUUACUGUUCAAGACAACUUGGUGGUCGAUGUCGGUGCACUUCCUCCGGUCCUUCGGCAAGCAAUCAUCUCCGAUCUGAAACUCUCGUAUCGACUGUCAUCCUUGGUACGCAAAUCCAUCGUUCGUUCUCCAGACACUUUCCGGACGGCAAUCAUGACUGUAUGGCCUGAAACCGACGGUCGCCCUCGACAAAUAGCAUCCCUUCGGGAAGAACAGGAAGAGUGGGUAGUGUGCGAGAUCCACGGUCAUGAUGGAUGGGAUGCGCGUAUGCAGGUGGUACAGUAUAAUACUUGUACGGGUCUGCUUCUAGUCGAUAACCGACCCCUUGGGAAACUCCCCAAGCCGCCCGAACAUACUGCCAUCCUCACGGAGCUGUUUGGAGAGCAAGCCUUGCUUACACGACCGUCUGACAUGGCUGGCAUGGACUACACUUUGACAGUGAAGCCCCGAGGCUACCGCAUCGAUAUCGGUUACGACACUGGCUCCAUCGUUAUCCGCGCAACUAAAGGCCAGCAGUAUCUGCAGCUGAUCCAAAGGAAUGUAUUUUUCUCCGACAACUCUUCCGACCUCCCUGGCCCUCUUAUCGACAAUUGCUUCCAUUGGCUGGAUCUUCGCAGCGGCAAAAUCUUCAUCUCGUUUGUUGCCGACAUCUGGUACAUUAGCCACCGAAACUGGACCAUCAAUGUCCAUCAGGCAACAUGCUCGCGUCCUGGACACUGCGGUGAAGACAGAAUAGUCGACACGUACAGUCCGCUGUUCAACCGCGUCGCGCGAAUCUUUGACGGUUUCGAGUUACGACGACAACUACUCGUUUUCCAACCCGCAGCGAAGCACCUCCAGGUGGAGAUUAAACGAUUGCAACUCUUGUUUUAUGUAAACGCAAGAAAUCUUCUUGAGUCACCUCAACUGGGAUCCGAGAUCGACUCGGAUCAAGAUGCCGGGACCUGGUAUGGUUUAGAGAGCAAGCUGGUUUUCCGGAACCCCCGAGAUCCGCAGCAGAGAAGCAUCCUGGUUCCCCUUGGCCUCCUCCAAGCAAAGCAAGAACGAGAUGGUAUGCUCGUGCGCGUACUUCCAAAUGGAGAAUACGGAAAAUUCGUCAUCAACAAACACUUGGGACGCAUCGAGUCCGCGCCAGAGCCGCUGCUUCUCUACACGAAGGCACAGCUUCACGCGUAUACGUCGUCCAUACUUCCAGAUCCACUGACUGGACGAACUGGCACUGAGGAAGCACUCCAAUGGCUCUCCUCUGGAGUCUGCCAACCCUGGAUGCCGUUGCGACCUGGUCCGGUGAGAGUUCUUGUCAAGAUUGCUCAGCUCACGCCACGUCAUGAGUACUACCCCAAGGAUCUUAAGGUUAUGAAGACUGACCAUUGGGAUCCCAACUUGACCGAAAGUGUACAGCACGAGAGAUUCAGGCCUCUCGUCGAGCAGAUUCUCGCCAUAUCGGCCGAGCUACAGACUUUCGAGCUCCUUGAUACAGACCCCCGUCUUUUACCGCUUGCUGGUGACAUGCACCUUCAUGACCGUUCCAUGGUCCGCAGACAGCUGAUGGAGCGCUAUUUCGACAAUACCACAGAUCAGUCAAAGCAUGUUGACCUUGAGUACGCGGCUCGAGACUGUAUCAAGCCAUCGAACACCCGCCAUUGUCAGGUCCUCGAGCUCGUUCAUUUUCUACGGACUUGGCCGGAGAAGAUGGCAACCACGAGCGCUUUGGCGCAACAGCUUUCUCAAAGUGCCUUGGUCGGGGGAUACACAGAUGUCUUUGAUAAGGUGUCACUCAACGACCGGCUGGGUCUCGACGUUCCAUCCAAUUGGGGACCUCUAGCCCGUUUGUGUCAAGAACAACAAAGUCCCUUUGCUCUCAUGUUUCUUCUGGCCCCCAUAUCAUAUGCUCCCGGAGCCGACAUGGGUAUUGUCAAAGCACUGACUGCGUUUGCUAUAUUCAAGGAGUUGAAGGCGAUUGAAUUGCCCCCCUGGCCCUCGUACAACAACUUCAAGCCCAAUCAAGCCCCUCAUCUCGAUUAUCUCUUGCAAUUGAUCAGACCAUUCAAGACGCCCGCACCGAAAAACGACAGCGAAGAAUUCCUCUCAUUUGCCAGCGCCAAGCAGAUCCGACGCAUGAGAGCGGAGCAGGCGGCCUGGGAUCAACGAGUGGAAGAUGAUUGCAAGUAUCUGGCCAACUUCUUGCUCUCACAGUGGCCUUGCGCCGAGCCACACAUCGCCGAACUGUCCAAAUCUCUGUUGAUUGACAUCGAGGGUGCCCUGAAACUCGUCCGACCGGAAUGGAAACGCCUGUAUGAGAACAUGAACUUCUCGGUCCAUCUUGAUGCGGUGCAGACCGUGUUGAACACGCACCAUUGCGACACCGAGUACGAGGUUCCUUGUUUCAUUCCAGCGGAAGAGACAUUAGAGGAACGCUUGAGAGGAGGAGAGAUACCGUCACUGAGAUCGGAUCUGUUGAAGAGAGGCUUUCCCGCCGUUGACACGGCCAUCAUGGCGCAACCGCAGCCCAAGAUGGAGGAAACAGGCGCAACGAAGCCUGCUCAACCGCCCGCUGCACCCCGUCACCCUGCCCAUAUUCACCAACCAGUUCAACUGCCGUCCUCACGCCUUCGCAGCUCGGGUACGAAUGUCCUUGCACCGAGCUGGAUGUCCUCCAAGACUACACUCAUCCCCUCGAACGAUGCCACUUCGGAAUUAAGACAAAUAGUGUCGAGCCUUGCAGAUAGCAAGUCAAUGGUACGUCAGAGGUACGCAGAGGACCUGGAACGAAGUCUUGAGGCCUUCAUUUCUCGAAAGUCCCUGAAGAACGCUGGUGACAACCCAUCGCCAGUUUUUGUCUCCAAGGAAAUUUCUCUGUCUUUGCAGACUAUUCAACGACGAUUUGCCGCCAUUCAAGCAGCUCUCGAGAAACCAGAUGCGCUUCUCUCAACCCAGCGAGUGCGUUGGCUCAAGGCAGGUCAGCUUUGGCCAGCGGUGACAACCGUUACCCUCCUCGAGCAGCUGCGAUCGACAGCAGCACCAGCCUUGUUUGGCAGCUCAGUUCGGGAGACUUUGAUUGACUUUGGCCUCGCUAUUACAAGUACACAGCGAGAUCUGCGUAUAAAUCAUGCCAACAUGCGAGGCGACGCCGGAAGGUACUUGGAUGAGAUGGCCAACAAGGGGCACUCCAACUGGAACCCAUCCGAUCACCCUGACUGGUUGCUCCUCGAAAUUGAAGCAAAUAUAAUGAUACGGCCUGAUCAGGUUGACGUGGCUCUUGCCACCAUAUCCCCUGCUUCCGGGGCCAACUCGGUCCUCCAGAUGAACAUGGGACAAGGCAAAACAUCUUGUAUCAUCCCCAUGGUCGCUGCGGUCCUUGCAAAUCGACAAAACCUGGUCCGAGUAGUUGUUCCCAAGGCUCUCUUGUUGCAGACUGCGCAGCUCCUCCAAGCGAGACUCGGUGGUCUGCUCGAUCGACAAGUCCGUCACAUUCCGUUCUCCCGCCGCACGCCUACACAGGAACACGUCAUCCGAGCAUAUCACCGAGCCCACCGAAUGAUGAUGAAGAAAGCCGGGGUCAUGGUUUGCCAGCCAGAGCACAACCUGUCGUUCAUGUUGAGUGGCUUGCAACGUCUCCUCGACAACCGGAUGCCCGAAGCAGGACCGAUGAUCAACGUUCAGACUUGGCUACGCACACGAUGCCGCGACAUCUUGGAUGAAUCGGAUUACACUCUCGCUGUGCGCACUCAGCUCAUUUACCCUUCUGGUUCUCAGAUGACUGUCGACGGGCAUCCUCAUCGCUGGCGUAUCGCACAGGACCUCCUGCGUCUUGUAGACCACCACUGCUAUAGUCUGGCAAACGUAUUUCCCAACUCAAUCGAGGUGGUGAGACGUGCCAAGGGUGGCUUUCCUCUCCUAUUUUUCCUGCGGUCUGACGCUGAAGAGGCACUUGUUCAACGCCUUACCGCGGACGUGCUUCGAGGACUUGGAGGUAUUCUUCCUAUGCAGAACCUCGACGCCGCCGAACGUCUUGCUGUCAGAGAUUUCCUUGUCAACGAGAGACCGCGCGACGCCACACUGCAACUUAUCCGUCGGCUUUGUCCCGAUCGGCCCAGCGUGAGACAAACGAUCUACCUCCUUCGAGGCGUGCUUCUGAAUCGCAUUCUCAUGAUGACGUUGAAGAAGAGAUGGAACGUUCAGUACGGACUGCACCCACUCAGAGACCCUAUUGCAGUGCCCUACCACGCAAAGGGCGUCCCCAGCGAGCAAUCCGAAUGGGGACACCCAGACGUGGCCAUCUUGUUCACUUGCCUGGCCUUUUACUACGACGGCAUCAGCAUUGCUCAGCUGACUCAAUCGCUCGAGCACCUGCUCAAGUCUGACGAUCCUUCAUCCGAGUAUGACAAGUGGAUUCUAACUAGCGAUGAUUUUCCCGACUCCCUUCGAGCUUGGAACUCCAUCAAUGUUGACGAUAGCCUCCAUCUUGCGGAUAUCUGGAGGGCCCUUCGAUACAACGUUGCCGCCAUCGACUACUUCAUGAACAACUUCGUCUUUCCGCAGCACGCCAAACAGUUCAAGGUCAAGCUUCAGUCCAACGGAUGGGACAUUCCACUCUUCUCCACCUCUUUACCGUCCGCGCUGACAACAGGCUUCAGCGGCACCAAUGAUAACCGAACCAUGCUACCCUUGACAAUCAAGCAGGAAGACCUUCCGGGACUCUCGCACACGAACGCCGAAGUCCUGACGUACCUUCUCCACGCUCGAUCCCGUGAGUGCCGAAAGAUUGUUGGGCCCCGUGGUGCGAGAGCAAGCGAGUCGGAUUUGUUACACGAGCUGAAUCGUCGCGAGAUCAAAAUCCUCAUCGACGCAGGCGCUCAAAUCUUGGAGAUGGACAAUGAGACUCUUGCAAAGCAGUGGCUUACUGUUGACCAAUCAGCGCUCGCUGCUCUAUUCUUUGACAAAAGCAACAAGCCGACGAUCAUUCAGCGGUCGGGAAGAAUCACGCCUCUUCUAGGCUCCCCGUACGCGGAUGACCUCAGCAGAUGCUUGGUCUACUUGGAUGAGGCCCAUACCAGAGGAACUGAUCUGAAGUUCCCCCCAUCAGCCAGAGGCGCUCUAACGCUCGGAUUGGGCCAGAGCAAAGACCACACUGUGCAAGCCGCCAUGCGAUUGAGACAGCUAGGCACGACCCAAUCCGUGACUUUCUUUGCCCCUCCUGAAGUCUAUCAAAGCAUCCUUGACCUCCGGAAUAAGUCGCUUGGAGCCAUGAUAGAUUCUCACGACGUAAUUUACUGGCUUCUCGACAAUACGUGUGAGGGAAUCGAACAGCUGCAGCCUCUCUACUAUUCUCAAGGAAUCGACUUUUGCCGUCGAAUACAGGCGACAAUCGGCAACCCAGACUUCAUCACGAACAAGUGUCAGCGAGACAAGUUCAUCGCCACCAUCAAGCAAGACGAGCAGCACAGCCUUCAGCAGCUUUACGAGCCGAAACGCAAGGCCAAGGGAGCCAGUGACUUGCAGACAGGGUCGCAUGUCAAGAUCAAGUCGUUCGUGAAGGAACUCAACACAAGGCGCAGGGCUUUCCAGGAUACUGGCCGAGCAGUGCAUGCAUCCGCGUUGCAGGAGGUUGAGCAGGAACGCGAAAUUGCAUUCGAGGUUGAAACGGUCCGCCAGGUCAAGAAGCCUCAACGUUACCCUGCGCUCUCGUUCCCAGGGUUGCAUCCGGAAGUCGAGUCUUUCGCGAAAACGGGCAGAGUCCCUGCUGGAGCCCUCACGUUCAUCCCAGCUAUCAAGUCUCUGUCCAAGACAGCCAUUGGUAAAAGGUUUAGGGUCUCGGACAGAUCCUCGCAGCAAAAGCUGUUCGUGUCGGCCGAGUUUGAGCGAACAGUCAAACUGAGCUUUGACCUGACAAGUGACAACUUUUUGCGCAAUGUGAACUGGAUGCUCUGGUCUCAAGUCACCGAAGUCGCUUUGAUUGUCGUGCCCGAAGAAGCAGAGGCCCUCUUGUCCAUCAUUCGUGAUGCACAUUUUACCGGCGCAACGAACCUGAUUGUGUACUCUGCACCCGUCACCCGCAAGAUGCUCCAUUUCAGCGAUCUCAAAUAUUACAGCGUCCCGACACUGCCGACCCAGUGGCGGGCUCCAAGCUGGUUAAAGAUCGAGCUGGGCCUUUACGCAGGCCGGCUGUACUUCGAGUGGUCCGAGUACGACCAGCUCUGCGACUUCCUCGGCAUCGACCAAUCGUUGCCGCUACUGGAAUACUUGGAAGGUGAGGGCUCCGAAAGCGACUCGGCAGAAAACCAACACAGCAGCGGAGCCAGAUCAGCUGCCACUGGCCUCACCAACCGGCCUCUGUCCUUUGUACAGGAGUGGCUUGCUUCCCGCCGUAAGGGCCAGGACUUUCUGUCUACUCCCAUGGGGUUCAUUGCGCAGGGAAAGAUUCUACAGGAAAACCACCCUUUCUUCCGGCAGACGAAGACAGUGACACGGGACAUUCUAUUCGCCCCGAUUCACAACAGCAGCGAUGACCAGGCGAACGAAGAUGUCUAUGCGGUGGCCGACUACGGCGUGGACGACAUGGGGGCCAACGAGGAGGCUGACAGCGACGCCCACGAGGAUCAAAUCGAGUACAACGACUCGGAGUAUGACGACUCUGGGGAUGAGGGUUUGGAUGCAGGCGGCUCAUCAAAGGAGUAG